AAUCAUGGCUGCAGAACAAGAGGCUGAAGAAACUGUUUCUCAAGAGCUGCACAGCCCCUCUGAGCUGAGGAUCGUGCUGCUUGGGGUAAGCAGUGCUGGGAAGAGUGCAUCAGUGAACACCAUCCUGGGCAGAGAGGAGUUUGGAUCUCGAGUCAGGUUUUCUGCUUUAACGAGGGAGUAUGGGAAGACAACAGGAGAAGUGGCUGGGAGACGGGUCACUGUGGUCGACACUCCAGACUUGUUAGACACAGACCGCGUCGAGAUUGAGAGAUGUGUUUCUCUGUCUGCCCCGGGACCCCACACUUUCCUCCUGCUGAUACCCAUGUAUACUCACAGUGGGUUUAUAGUAGAAGAGUAUUGCAAAGCCUUUGAUAACGUGCAGGAGCUGUUUGGUGAGAGAGCUGUGAGGAACACAAUGAUCCUUUUCACAUGCAGGGAUCAUCUGAGAGGCAGGACGAUUGAGCAGUACAUUGAGGAAUCUGGUGAGGAGCUCCAGCAGCUUGUUGAGAAAUGUGGGAACAGGUAUCAUGUUCUCAACAUUGAGGACAGGAGCGAUCGCACUCAGGUCACACAGCUCCUGGACAAGAUAGACAACAUGGUGAAGGGAAGUGGAGGCUGCUACCUCCCACAGGUUGGCCCAGUUUCCUAACCACCAAAAAACAACUUUGCUCAA